AAGUUCAUCUCAGAGAAGUGUUUUAGUCGUUCAGUGGCCAGUGAAAGAUGAAGGCAACUGUGUUUCGGAUUUUUUUGUUACUUCUGUUCCUGAGCCACCAUGGUGCCUCGGAGUUCUUGGAGAAAUCCUGUUCAAGAUCAAACGGAGUGGAUAUUAAUGAUGUCAAUGCUGCUACGUGGAUGGCAGCCAUAAUUACUCACUCACAGUUCGUUUGUAGUGGCACAAUCAUACAUAAACGUUUUGUUCUGACAUCUGCUCAUUGCUUGGAUAAUGACUACAAUCUAUCGGUAUUGUUGGGAGCAUACCACAUAAAAAGAUAUACAACUAGGUACAAUGUUAUUCAAAAAAUAAAGCACGAUCAAUACGAUAGAUGGAACAAGUUUAAUGAUAUAGGACUGCUAAAAUUGGAUAAUAGUAUCAUCUACGAUGAUGAAAUUCAACCACUUUGCAUUUUCUGGCAUCCACAAUUCAAGAGAACGGUAGACGGAGCAAAAAACUUUUAUGCCUCUGGCUGGGAUCUUAAACACGGCGUAGAGAAAGCAUUAGUUCAAACCCUCAUUCUUGACCAAAGAAGCCGUAACGAGUGCUACGAGAAAUUCGGCUUACCUCUCACAUCACAGAUAUGCACAAAGGUGCGAAAAGGAGAUACUUGUUGGGGUGAUUCUGGCGGUCCCUUGAUCACUGUAGUGCAAUCUACACAUGCCCAAUAUGCAGCACAAGUCGGAAUUAUCAGCUACGGAGAAAAGGCAUGCGAUGGUCUAGGAGUGUACACUGAUAUCACAAGCCAUUUCGGAUGGAUUAGGGAAAAAGUAAAUGAUGUCGAUAGACCACUUUUUUCGCAGCCUCCGGGGUAUUUUCCUCCUAAGCCUCAGCGGGUUUCGCGGAUGCUGUUUAACGAUUGCGGAGGGAAAUCCAUGUCAUCCAUUAUAAGACCUAGCAUUUAUGGACCUGGAUUUGAAGCCCUUGGCGUUUUAAUUACAGACCGAUUUGUCAUCACAGUUGCCACAGACUUGCCAAAAAAUUCUGCCAAUCUAGAGGUGGGGGUAGUGAUGAACGAUCAAUAUGAUGUCUAUGAAGUUGAUUCGAUUUUGAAGCCAUCAGGAAAUGCAGACGAUUACAACUAUGAUAUAGCAAUACUUAAACUUAAACAUAAGGCGACUGAGAACCAUGAGACUAUGAAACCGAUCUGUAUGCUCGCCCACGUAGUCGAUCUUAAUGACGCUUCUGCGUCAUCUCAACCAUUUCUUUUAAUCGACCCAUUGAAAACCAUAGAAUUUAGUGUUAAGCACUUGACUUACAGCGAUUGUUCAAACUACUUAGGAUCUGAAAUCAAACCAAAUCAAUAUUGUGUGGAAGAGCCUGAAGGGAUAAGUGACCCGAACGAUAUACGUAACUAUUUACUAGUAACGAAAAUUAUGAACGAAUUUGUUCUGCUAGGAAUUUACGGAUAUUCAUCUGAUAACAUACACGUUUUUUCAAACGUUCUAAGAUAUACGGAUUGGAUAGGGACAAAAAUCCAUGAAGUUUCUUUGAGUAACAAUGAUGAAUCAUUAAAUAUUUAAAUGACUUUUGUAUAUAUCAUAAAUAAAAAUCCCAAACUUUUGAAAAAAGAAAA